AGAUCUGAUCAACGGCGAGUUCCCUUCUUGAUUCGACCCGUCAUGGCAUCUCAGAGCCCCAAAUCCGUUGCCCUCUUCCUUCUCUUCAUCAACCUCCUCAUGUACGCGAUCGUCGCCGCAGUCGCCGGUUGGGCUCUCAACUAUGGCAUCGAGGAGACACCUCGUGCAGCUUCCGGUUUAUCGGUGCCUGCUCGAUUGUUCCCGAUCUACUAUCCGAUCGGGAAUCUGGCAACCGGAUUCUUCGUCAUCUUUUCCCUCAUCUCCGGAGUCGUCGGAGUCGCCACCUCGCUUACCGGCUUGCAAGACGUCACCGAUGGGAGUGCGUCCAACUUAUUAUCAGCUGCAGCCGCCUCCGUCAUCACUUGGGGCCUCACUCUUCUGGCCAUGGGGUUGGCAUGCAAAGAGAUCACCAUCGGUUGGAGGAGCUCGAGCCUGAGGACGUUGGAAACGCUCACGAUCAUCUUGAGCGGCACUCAGCUGCUGUGUUCAGGCGCCAUCCAUGCCGGUGUUCCAGCCACCGUCUCACGUUACGUCACAGGAAGAGUCUGAGAUAUCAAAGUCUGAUACAUGCUAUAUAUAUACCAUGUCAUUUCUUUUCCCAGAUUUCACCUCCAUUUGUCGUGUAUGGGUUGUAAGUGAAGUAGAGGGCUCGCCAUUAAACGAAUUGUCUGAAGAUAUUUAUGAAAAUAAUGUAUGAUUAAAGAAAAUUCAUAAUGACACCUGUGCCUCAAA